UCGUCGGCUUCUGUAUCCAUUAAUUUGACAUCAGAAAAAAGCCCUAAAGAGCGAAACGAUCUUAAAACUCACUGAGUCAAGCGAAAUUUUCACUCGACACUUCGAAAACUAUAAAAAUUGGAGAAGUCAAUCUCUGCUAGGGUUUUUCAUUUCUCUCAUUGGAUGAUAACUUCUCUCUUAUUGGCCUCCGAAACAUUCCGAUUCAACAAUGGGAGCAAGUCGCAAGCUUCAAGGAGAGAUCGAUCGUGUUCUCAAGAAGGUCCAAGAAGGCGUCGAUGUCUUCGAUAGCAUCUGGAACAAGGUUUACGAUACUGAUAACGCCAAUCAGAAGGAAAAGUUUGAGGCAGACUUGAAGAAGGAAAUCAAGAAGCUGCAAAGGUAUCGGGACCAGAUCAAGACAUGGAUUCAAUCAAGCGAAAUCAAGGACAAAAAAGUUAGUGCCUCUUAUGAGCAGGCCCUGGUGGAUGCUCGCAAACAAAUUGAGCGAGAAAUGGAAAGAUUUAAGAUCUGUGAGAAGGAGACUAAGACGAAAGCAUUCUCUAAAGAAGGCUUGGGCCAACAACCCAAAACUGAUCCGAAGGAGAAGGCUAAAUCAGAAACAAGGGAUUGGUUGAACAAUGUGGUUGGGGAGUUAGAAUCCCAGAUUGAUAAUUUUGAAGCUGAGUUGGAGGGGCUGUCUGUGAAGAAAGGAAAGACAAGACCACCUAGACUGACACACUUGGAGACAUCAAUUACACGGCACAAAGCUCAUAUAAUGAAGUUAGAAUUGAUUUUGAGAUUAUUGGACAAUGAUGAAUUGAGUCCUGAGCAAGUCAAUGAUGUGAAAGACUUCUUGGACGAUUAUGUGGAACGGAAUCAGGAGGACUUCGAAGAAUUUAGUGAUGUUGAAGACCUCUACCACUCAUUACCUCUAGACAAGGUGGAGUCUCUUGAAGAUUUAGUUACAAUUGGCCCUCUUUCCAAGCAGGGGGCACCAAUUCUUACCUUGAAGACGUCUUUGGCCACAUCAGCAUCUCAAGUGCCUCAGGGUAGUUCCUGCCAGGAGCAUGUUGAAGAUACAGCUUCUCAGGAUGGUAAUUCUGAUAUUGCGAGGACUCCACCUUCAAAAAGUAGUGCAACCAAUUCUUCUGCUGCAGCAACGCCAACAGGGAGCCAUGCUACCCCUGCUCCAGUGAAUCUUCCACCUCAUAGUUUGUCUGGUGCUUCAACUGCUUCAGUUGUUCUUCCAGGUUCAAGUUCUGCUCGUGGUGUCUUGGAAAGCGCUGGUGCUACCAAUCCUUCAUCUCCUGUAAGUUUGCCAAAUGCUACAAAAGAAGAAGAUAUCCCAAGCUUCCCGGGCCGUAGGCCAUCUCCAUCUCUUGCUGAUAGUGGAGUACGAGGCAUUGGUAGAGGAGGCCUCUCCAGUCAGCCUUCAUCUAGUAUCCCCCUUGUUUCUGGAAGUGCAACGUCUAGCAAUGGAGCGCUUGGUGUUGUCCCUUCAGUCUCUGACAUGGCAAAACGAAAUAUUUUGGGGGCUGAUGAGAGACUUGGGAAUAGUAGCAUGGGGCAAUCUUUGGUAUCCCCUCUUAGUAAUAGAAUGAUCUUGCCUCAGGCAACCAAGGCUAAUGAUGGAAGUGCAUCUGUUGAUUCUAGUAACCCUAGUGAGUCUGCUGGACUACCUGGCAGAGCUUUUUCCCCUUCAAUGGUUUCUGGUAUGCAGUGGAGGGCUGGAAGUUCCUUUCAGAAUCAAAAUGAGCUGGGGCAGUUUCGUGGAAGAACUGAGAUAGCACCUGAUAUAAGGGAGAAAUUUUUGCAACGGCUCCAGCAAGUGCAGCAACAAGGCCAUAGCAACCUGCUUAGCAUUCCUCCUCUUGCUGGAGGAAAUCAUAAGCAGUUUUCUGCACAACAGCAAAACCCACUCAUGCAGCAGUUCAAUUCUCAAAGCUCAGCUCUCUCUAUCCAACCUGGUAUGGGACUUGGUGGCCAAGCACCCAGUCUUAAUAGUGUUACAUCUGCCAGCUUACAACAGUCACCAAAUUCCAUACACCAGCAGUCUAGUCAGCAGGCAUUGGCAACAAGUGUUCCAAAGGAUGCUGAUGUUGGUCAUGCAAAAGUUGAGGAGCAACAACCACAGAAUUUACCUGAUGAUUCAAGUUCCGAAGCUGUUCCAACUUCUGGGCUUGCUAAGAAUCUCAUGAAUGAGGAUGAAAUGAAAGCUCCAUAUGCAAUUGAUUCGCCUGCAGCCGUAUCGGGCUCUUUGACAGAACCGGCUCAAGUUAUUAGGGACACUGAUCUUUCUCCUGGACAACCCUUACAACCCAGCCAGUCUUCUAGCAGUCUUGGUGUUAUUGGCCGGAGAAGUGUUUCUGACCUUGGUGCCAUUGGUGACAACCUCAGUGGGUCAACAAAUUCUGGAGGAAUGCAUGAUCAAAUAUACAAUUUGCAGAUGCUUGAGGCUGCAUAUUUUAAAAUUCCCCAACCUAAAGACUCAGAACGUCCAAGGAGCUACACUCCAAAGCACCCUGCAGCCACGCCUGCUAGCUACCCUCAAGUUCAGGCACCUAUUGUGAAUAAUCCUGCCUUCUGGGAACGCUUAAGCAUCGAUGGAUAUGGCACUGGUACUGAUACACUGUUCUUUGCCUUUUACUAUCAACAGAACACUUACCAACAAUAUCUGGCUGCAAAGGAGCUGAAGAAGCAAUCUUGGAGAUACCAUAGGAAAUACAACACAUGGUUUCAGCGGCACGAGGAGCCAAAAAUUGCCACAGAUGAAUUCGAACAGGGAACCUAUGUAUACUUCGAUUUUCACAUAGCAAACGAUGACCACCAACAUGGAUGGUGUCAGAGAAUCAAGACUGAGUUCACCUUUGAGUAUAAUUACCUUGAAGAUGAACUUAUGGUCUAAGAGAUGUGGAGAAGGCAAUAAUAUAACUAUAAUUUGCUGAAUUUUGCAUAUGUGAAUGGAAUCAUUUGAACCUUCUGGAAAAGCCUCGUAUAGUUUGGGGGGCAUAUGUGAAAUUCAAAGAUGAAGAAGAGAUACCAAUCAUACCUAUAACCUUCCUUUCAUUUUAUUUCUCUUGCAAAUGCUUGGAUCCUGAGAUUGCUGUUGCAUUUUGUUUCUGACUAUAAACCUGCUUGUUCUUUGCAGCAGGUCAAGAAAAUUAAUUUAGAGUAAAUAUUUAGUUAUAGUUUGC